UCGGAAAGGGGCGGGGCUCGCUCCGACCUGGACCUGGAGCUGUCCUCGCCCUUUCUGGCCGCCGCCUCUUCUCCGCGCUGCGCAGGGCUUCUUCUUCUUCUCCUUUAGGCGCCGCGGGACCUGAGCGUCGGCUUCCAGGCACAGGCCUCUCAGAGGACAAGGAAGAUGGAAGAAUCUGCAGACCAGCUGCAGCCACUGGCUGAGAGUCAGGUAGCCAACUCUGAAGGCGGAUAUGUAUGGCAGGUCACAGACAUGAACCGGCUGCACCGCUUCUUGUGUUUCGGUUCUGAAGGUGGCACCUACUAUAUCAAAGAACAGAAGCUGGGUCUUGAAAAUGCCGAAGCCUUAGUCAGACUGAUUGAAGAUGGCAGAGGAGGCGAAGUGAUACAGGAAAUCAAGUCCUUUAGUCAGGAAGGCAGGACCGCAAGACAAGAGCCUUUGCUGUUCGCCCUUGCCAUUUGUUCCCAGUGUUGGGACAUAAAGACAAAGCAGGCAGCCUUUAAAGCUGUGCCUGAGGUUUGUCACAUUCCAACCCACCUGUUCACUUUCAUCCAGUUUAAGAAGGACCUAAAGGAAAGCAUGAGGUGUGGCAUGUGGGGUCGUGCUCUCCGGAAGGCCGUGGCAGACUGGUAUAAUGCAAAGGGUGGCAUGGCCAUUGCUCUGGCAGUUACGAAGUAUAAACAGAGAAACGGCUGGUCUCACAAAGACCUCUUAAGACUGUCCCAUCUUAAACCUUCCAGUGAAGGACUUGCUAUCGUGACCAGAUAUAUUACAAAGGGCUGGAAAGAGGUCCAUGAACUGUAUAAAGAAAAAGCACUUUCUGUGGAGACUGAAAAACUAUUCAAGUAUCUGGAGGCUGUGGAGAAAGUGAAGCGCACAAAAGAUGAGCUGGAAGUCAUUCAUCUCAUUGAAGAACACCAGUUAGUCAGGGAACAUCUGCUCACAAAUCACUUGAAGUCUAAAGAGGUAUGGAAGGCUUUGUUACAAGAAAUGCCACUGCCUGCACUGCUGAGGAAUCUGGGAAAGAUGACUGCUAAUUCAGUGCUUGAACCAGGAAACUCUGAAGUCUCUCUAGUGUGUGAAAAACUCUGCAAUGAAAAACUGCUCAAGAAGGCUCGGAUACAUCCAUUUCAUGUUUUAAUUGCGUUAGAGACCUACAGAACAGGCCAUGGGCUCAGAGGAAAGCUGAAGUGGACUCCAGAUAAAGAAAUUUUGCAAGCAUUGGAUGCUGCAUUUUAUAAAACAUUUAAGACAGUUGAGCCGACUGGGAAGCGUUUCUUGCUAGCUGUUGAUGUCAGUGCGUCUAUGAACCAGAGAGUUCUGGGUAGUAUACUCAAUGCUAGUACUGUUGCUGCAGCAAUGUGCAUGGUGGUCACACGAACAGAGAAAGAGUCUUCAGUGGUUGCUUUUGCAUGUGAUAUGGUACCGUUUCCUGUGACGACAGACAUGACCUUACAGCAGGUUUUAACGGCUAUGAAUAAAGUCCCAGCUGGUAGCACCGAUUGCUCUCUUCCAAUGAUCUGGGCCCAGAAGACAAACACAGCUGCCGAUGUCUUCAUUGUAUUCACCGAUAAUGAGACCUUUGCCGGACAGGUGCAUCCUGCUGUUGCCCUGAGGGAAUACCGACAGAAAAUGGAUAUUCCUGCUAAAUUGAUUGUUUGUGGGAUGACAUCAAAUGGUUUUACCAUCGCAGACCCUGAUGAUAGAGGCAUGUUGGAUAUGUGCGGCUUUGAUACUUCAGCUCUGGAUGUAAUUCGAAAUUUCACGUUGGAUAUAAUUUAACCAUAAGUACCGGAAUGACCUGAGGGGUCCACUGCUGCAGUGGACUUCACUGAAAAGUCACAGCUACUUCCCAGCUCAAUGCAGUAGUGAGAAGUGUCAUCAGCGUGUGCAUAGUGGAAAUGGACUUUGCCAAGAACAGGAAAGGAGGGAAGGAAGGAAAAACAUGUUGAGCCCAAAGGUGCAUGUACUCAGCUAGCUCUUGAGAAGUCUUCAGGAUACUGUAGCUUUCUCUAUAGCGAACCUCAUUUUGAUAGAAACUGUAAAAUAGUCACAUUUUACUCUGGGGUAUCACACAUUUGUACUUAAAGCAGGGGAGAUCCUAAAGUGUAAGUAGCCUCACACGUCACUUUUUGAGAAGUGCUUGUUUUCUUAAAUGUUUUCACUGAAAAAGGACAGUUUUGAUACUGUCCAAAUACUCCGGAGUGCACUAGACCACGUGACUGUGAUGGAAUUGAACCUCACAAAGUAAACCUUUAUACCAAGACACUUGGUAAAGCUAAACUAUGAAUGAGUUUUACAAAUUCAGAGUUUUCUAAGAUCAUAGGAACAACAGCUUUCUUAUUCAAUGACAAAGAUGUUUUAUUUCAGGUAUUUUAUUUGUACUUGUUAGAAUUUGUUGCCAUUUGGUCAUGAUGGAAGUCCCUAAGGGAUUGUUGAGUUUGUGCAGGCUGAGGAGUUUGCUGUGUAUCCUUGUAGUUACUGCCAUAGGUGGAGACAUACUUAAUGAUCCCCUCUGAGCAGCAACAGUGUUUCAUGCACCUAAUGCUUCCCUGUUUUCAUAUUUGUAAUGCAAACAAAAUGUUUCACAUGCUUAAGUCCCCUCCAUCCAUAAUCCUGACAGUGUAACAAUUAAAAUCUCAACAGUAAAGACAUAGCUUUUCCCAUACCCCUAAAAUACCUUUAACUAAUUUUUAUAUUUUUCUAAUAUUAAGUUUAUCUGUAGUCUUUUAUAUUUUUGUCCACUAUCCAUCUUUUGUCUAAUUCCUUUUUUGAUAGAAAUAUCGAAAGCAUAGAAAUAAUCAAGCAAGCUAGAUCCUUCAAGUUCAAAGGCAAUUUUAGAGUAGGCAGCUAUCAACCAGUCAGUCUACGUAGGAAACUUAAAAGCAUGUUUUGUACAAAGUAACUUCUUUUCCACUGUACUGACGCACAUUCUUUUCUUGAGCAGUCGUGUGUUUUCACUGGGGAGUUCUUCGUGAAAAUGGCCUAUUGAAAAGCCAGCAGGUUUUCUCUUGACUGUGUAAUGGUAUCCAAGGUAGUUUAUACUAAAACUUUAAUUGUUCUAUGUAUUCUUUAAAUAUUAAAGGUUUACUAGGGCUUAUAAAGCCUUCUCGCUUUAUAUGAAAAGUCAAAAACUAGUAAGUGUAGGUUACAUAGCCUUGUAUGUGUGUAGGGGGUGAAGUUUUUUAUUUGGGGAAGGAAGGGUCUUUGCUAUUGUGAGGAUUUGUGUACAUAUUUUCUUCUCUUCCCAAGAAAACUAGGCUCUGAGAAUAAGAAAAUGUCCCCUCUGGUGUUAUUAGCAAAGAGAGCAUCACCUCCCACUCUCAAUACCAUUGCUUCUGAUGCUACUCUGGCUUUAAUACAGUCACAUGUGGUUUCACAUCUUUAAUCCUGAUACAUUAAAGUUUCAUAAUUCAAAUUGUAUUUAAGGUUCGAAACCCUAAGAAUUACAUGAGAGCUAUUGGCUUCUUUAAACCCAGGGCCUAAGUUUUAAUAUGAUGUAACUUAUUAUGAACUGUUACAGGGAAUAUUAUAUAAAUGCUAAUUUCUUUUACUUCUGCACUAUUUAGCUAAUGCUUUAGGCAAGCAGAAUGUGUCUAGGAGCAAAUAUUUACUCCGUCAAGGAAAUCAGAUUAGAGGUGACUCUUCUACAGCGUUUAGGUAGGCCUAAUAAAUAGGCUAACAUUGAAGACAGGUUGGUGACACAAGCCUUAGUUCUAGUCCUGGGGAGGCAGGGGCAGAUAGGCCUCGAAGUUAGAGGUCAGCCUACUC